CUAGUGGUGGUUUUUUGUUUUUUUUUAAAGUAUUCAACUGGUUUGUCCUCUUUAUAGGUGGAGGGUAAUAGGGGAACUUCUUUUAACUGCUCGUUCACCCACCUCAGAAGAAGCAGGAAGAUGCAGCCACGGAUGUGGGUUUGGCUUCACCGUUGCACACAAAAGCUUUUAGAACAGAACAAGCUUUCAGUCAUGAAUCCAGAGGAGCAAACGGUGACUUGGUUGAUUUCUAUGGGGGCUUUAAACUCCCCCAAAAUGAUGGUGGAGGACCCCGUGCAAUUCCUCAAGGCCUCCCUGAAGGACGGGGUCGUCCUUUGCAAACUCCUCCUCCGACUUCUGCCGGGCUCUAUCGAAAAGUAUUGCCUGGAGCCCAAGACGGAAGCUGACUGCCUUGGCAAUAUCCAACAGUUUUUAAAUGGGUGCGCAGCAGCACUGAAAGUCGAGCUGUUUGAUGCCCACGAUCUCUACUCAGGAGAAAACUUCUCCAAGGUACUGACUGCCCUUUUGUCUCUCAACAAAGCAACGGAAGAUCCAGGAAGUGCUACCAGGAAGCCAUGUUCUCAGCCGCUUUCUCCGGCCCCCGGUGACUGCCAGCCCCUGACCCAAGCAGCCUCCACUCGGCCAUCGAGAGUGUUGCAGAGACAGUCAAGAGUUGGGGAGAUGACCGAGAACGGAAGCCACCAACUUGUGGUCAAGGCCCGUUUCCAGUUCAAGCAGACCAACGAAGAUGAGCUGACCAUCAACAAGGGGGACAUCAUUUACGUCACCCGCACGGAGGAAGGGGGCUGGUGGGAAGGGACUCUGAAUGGGAAGACCGGCUGGUUCCCCAGCAACUACGUCCGGGAAAUUAAAUCCACCGAUAAACUGCUCUCUCCUAAGGCUUUGAAAGCGGGUGAAGGUCCUCAACUUACCAAGAAUUACUAUGCUGUGGUACUUCAAAAUAUUUUGGAAACGGAGCGAGAGUAUGCCAAGGAGCUACAGUCCCUUCUAGGAACGUACUUGAAGUCUCUCCAGUCUUAUGACAAGCUGAGCCCUACGGACAUUGCCUCUCUACUUGGAAAUGUGGAGGAGAUCUGCAACUUUCAACAGACGCUCAACCAGACGCUGGAAGAAUGUGCUAGACUUCCCGAACACCAGCAAAGAGUGGGAGGCUGCUUCCUAAGCCUGAUGCCCCAAUUUGCGUCUCUGUACCUCACUUACUGCACUAACCACCCAUCUGCGGUCAACGUCUUGACCCACCACAGCGAUGAACUGGAGAAGUUCAUGGAGAACCAAGGGAUGGAUAUUGGGAUACUGACCUUGACCACGAGUCUCAGCAAACCGUUCACACGGCUGGACAAGUACAUUGCCCUUCUGCAGGAACUUGAGAGGCACAUGGAGGAGGCACAUCCUGAUCAUGAAGACAUUUUGAAAGCUAUAGGAUCCUUCCGGUCUCUUGUGACCCAGUGCCAAGAGAUGAGAAAGAGGAAGCAACUGGAACUGCAGAUCCUUUCAGAAACCAUCCAAGGUUGGGAAGGAGAAGACAUCCGAUCCAUGGGCAGCGUCCUUUAUAUGUCCCAAGCCAUGGUCCAAUAUGGAGGGAAUGAGGAGAAAGAAGAAAGAUACCUCAUGCUGUUUCCAAGCGUUCUGCUGGUGCUCUCAGCCAGUCCUUGUAUGAGUGGAUUCAUGUACAAGGGGAGACUCUCUUUAAUAGGAAUGCUGGUGACCAAAUCAGAUCUGGAAGGAAAUGACCAUACUUUUGAAAUCUCAGGGAGCAUGGGAGACCGGCUCACGGUUCACUGCAAUAGCAGCCAAGAUUUGCACGAAUGGCUUGACCACCUCCAACGGCUGACCAGAGGAACCACUUUCAGCGGUACCCUCUCGAAGACCCAGUCUUGGGGCUCCCAUUCGACUUUUAGCUCUACUGGACAGUGCCGUGGCCCACUGGAACCACCCCAGAUCCUCAAACCUUGGACCUUGAGUUGCCUUCGCCCAGCACCUCCUCUCAAGCCAUCGGUGGCCCUCAGCUAUAAAGAGCGGAUGUCCUACAUCUUAAAGGAUGCCAGUAAGAGCCCAAAGACGAUGAAAAAGUUCCUGCCCAAAAGAAAAACAGAGAGGAAGGCAUCGGAUGAGGAGUUUGUUAUUAGAAAAAGUACAGUUGCCUUAGAGGAAGACGCUCAGAUCCUGAAGGUGAUUGAGGCGUACUGCGCAGGGGCGAGUCUACAGCAGAACGUCGCUUCAGGGUCCCGCAAAGAUUCAGUCCCCCAGGUUCUACUUCCGGAAGAGGAGAAACUAAUCAUCGAGGAAGUGCGGAGUAACGGGCAGACUGUGGCUGAGGAGAAGAGUCUUGUGGACACCGUCUACGCACUAAAAGACGAAGUCAAAGAACUGAAGCAGGAGAACAAACGAAUGAAGCAAUGUCUGGAAGAAGAGCUGAAAUCCAGGAAAGAUUUGGAAAAAUUGGUCCGGAGGUUACUGAAGCAAACGGACGACAGUAUUCGAGAAGAGACCGGCCGCCAUUCCUCGAUGCUAGCUUGAACCCCCCCAAACCUCACUCAGGAAAGUUUUCAGCCGCCUCUUGCUCCUUCGUCAGGGAAUCACGCCUCUUUCGCUUCUUCGUCGCAGAAAAGAAAAGAUAAAAACAAAUAGCCCAGCUGUUUGUUUGGGUUUUUUUCUAUUCCUCCUCCCCUCGUUUUGCAUGCUGCUCACGGCCGCCGAAGAUUUGCUCCAAAAUGGACAUCACAAAAGUCGCAAAAAACUUUUCCAGGACUUCUGAUAUCGUUCCACCUCUUCCCGUGUGUCUCAUCCCAAGACUAUAUUGCUCCCGAGAAGGGAUGGGUCACCACUCAGCGUGAAGCAGGUUCCUGAGUGCAAAACCCAGUUGAGAGGAAACGCAGGGAAGAAACGACACACACACACACCCCAAAAAAACCCUGCCCGUACCUUCUUCUGUUCUUGUUUUGCUUUUAAAGUGUGUGUGUGUGUUUUUGUUUUUUUAAUUUAUUGAGUGGGAGGGAAAAGCAAACUCGGUUUCCUGAAUUGCAACCGAGAGAGAAGCCAAAGGAUCAUUUGCACUUCUAUUAUUAUCAUUUUUUUUUUGCCCAGGGAAUCAGGAAAACGAGCGUGAGAUUCGCCGUCCUCUCCUCGAGACUGCGAGAAUCCCCCUCUGCGGCCUUUCUGGAUAGGAUAUUAAUGCAAAGGAUCUCAGAUUUUCGGAGAACGGAUCCCUCUGGAUUCCCCGCUUUCAGUUCCUUGCGCAUUAGCACGGAUCCCUCAGGAAGUGGGUUGAAACGAAGAGACAGCAGCCAAUGGCAGGUUCACCUCUUCCCAUUGGUAUUGUCUCGCCGGUUUGAGCUGGGGGAGAGUUGGACUAGAAAGAUCACCAAGGUCCCUUCCAUCUCUGUGAUUCUGGUUUUAGCAGCAACCAAGGCGGCCUGAUUACAGGUCUGUCCUCGCCUUACAACAGUUCCAUUUUGUGACCCUUCAAAGUUACAAAAGGAUGUGGGGGGGAAAGUGACUUACGAACAUUUUUCAAGUUGCCAAGCGCCUGAAAUUUUUUUGAUCGCCCGGCCAUGGGGGAUGUAGCAACUGCCGCACGUGCGAGGAAUGGUUGUACGUUAAUUGUUUUUCAAUGUUGUGGUAGCUUUUCAUGGCCACUAAACGAAGAGUCGUAAGUCGAGUUACCUGGGCUCUGAGAUUGGAGAGGAGCUAGCUGCCUUGGGCUUUCUAUACCGGCAGAAUUAUUUUUUGAUAGCCGCCCCGUAGCAAGAGUGAGACUGACUCCGAAAAAGUCCAGUGGGAGCUAGUCUUUGCGUUCCAGCUGUUGGCGGCUGGAGGGGAAAGUUUUGACAGGCAAAAGCUCUUUGGCUGCAGCAGCGGAACGCAUUUGGAGACAGUCAGGAAGGGCCGAGACAAUCAGAUCGCAGGGGAAAGCCGAAAAAUACGAAGAGGCAAAACGCACACAAACUGAGCGAGGGACGCAUUCUUGGGUUGGCCAACUUUGUGUGGAAGCGUGUUGCAAAGAAACAGAAUGGAGAUGUGACCCCCUAGAAGAUCUCCCUCAAGUCUGCAUGUAAGCAAUGGACUUUUCCCUCUUCAACC